GGUGCACUGGGCAGUUUUUUUCACUAGACAGGAGACGAGAGACGAGACUUUAUCCUUCCAAACGAUGCAAGCAAAAUCUGAGAUUUUAGCACUGGUCCUGGGCGCCCUGGGCUUAUGUGGGACAAUAGUCACCACUUGUCUGCCCCAUUGGAGGGUUUCUGCCUUCAUCGGUGCCAACAUCAUUGUCAUGGAGGAGCUCUUGGAGGGCUUGUGGAUGGACUGCUACCGACAGGCUAACAUCAACAUCCAGUGCAAGGUGUAUGACUCGAUGUUAAUUCUCCCACCAGAGCUGCAGGCAGCGAGGGGGCUCAUGUGUGUCUCCAUAGUCCUGGCUUUCAUCUCGUUGUUGCUCACAGGAUUCGGGAUCCAGAAGAGCAACUGUUGUGGUGACAAUUUAAAGAGUAAGAACAUCACCUAUGCAUUAGGAGGGAGUCUGUUUCUACUUUCCUGUUUGACCACACUCAUCCCCGUAAGCUGGGUGGCCCAUACUGUCAUCAGUAACUUCUAUAACCCGGAAAUGCUGGAUGCUCAGAAGCGGGAGCUGGGAGUGUCCCUCUUCAUCGGCUGGGCCACUUCUGGUGUUUUGCUAAUCACCGGGAUCAUUGUGCUGUUUAGGUACAGCAAACGCAGUGCAAAGGAAGAUCAGCGCUACAUUGAAGUAUAUCAUAUUGUGAAAAGGAAUGAACAGAAGGCGGACAGUGUUGACUUUUCGAGAGCGAAAUCUAGUUUUCAUUCAAAUCAGGAAUAUGUGUAAAUACCUGUACUGCAGUGUACUAAUUACAUAUUAGAUGUCUCUCCAUAUAUUUAUGAGCAACAUGUAUUUUAUUUGCAAUGAUAUAUUUAAAUCAAUCAUGUAAUCAUGUUCUGUUGUACUAUGCGUUUGUCUUGUCUGCACUGUUUGGUUUACAGAUGCAGCAAAAAUAUUUGGGUAAUAUGCUGUCCAUGAAUAAACAAUAGUGCCUGUGUUUAAAGUAAUAUCAUUUUUGGCAAAUCUAUUUAUCCAGCUCUUGCUCCAAUGACCCUGAGAAUGUCAUCACUGUUUUUAAGUACUUGUUUUGGAUGCAAGUCUGUAUUUUUUGUAUUUAUUUAAGUCAUUUUUGUUGUGCUUAAUGAUGAAUUUCUCAUCUGAGACAUGACAAAUGCAACUGCUUCACUGUCUUAUUUCAUUAUAUUUCAUGAUCUAAUAAUCCCGCCAACCAAGUGAACAGAUCAUUUAUUAAAAUCUUUAAUUCAG